AUGAAAAGAAUAAUGUUAUUCUUUUUAAUUAUAUGGGCAAUAAAUAUUAAGAGAUAUAUAAAUUAUAAUUUAAAAAUAAAAUUAAAGACGUUUACUAAUAAAAUAUUUAUGUCUGGAAGAGUUCAAUUAAAAUCUACAAAAUUACAGCAUAGAAAAAGACCAAGAAAAAGAAAAAAAUCUAGUAUAUAUCCAACACCUGUAUUAUAUCAUCCUAAACAAAGAGAUUAUUUUAAUUUACAGAAUGAAUAUACUUGUCUUCCUUGUAAAGAUAUAUUAAAUUUAUUAUCACAAAAUAAAUUAUAUUUAUUAAUAGAAAGUAUAAGAAAUAAAAAUAAUGAUGCUAUAAACAAGAUAUUAUAUAAAGAUGUGAAUAAUAUUUAUAUAGAUAAAAAUCAUAUAUAUUAUGAUGAAAAAAAUUUAGAAUCAAAAGAUAAUCUAAACCAAGAAAUAAAACAACAAAUGGAAAAACAUAAUAAUAAAAAUAUUAAUCAUUUAUAUGAUCGUGAAAAAAAAACGACCAGAAAUUUUAUAAAAUUUUCUAAUUUUAAUAAAUAUUAUAAUAAUAAUAAUACAGAGGAUGAUAUUGCUAACAUGGAUAAUAGUGAUAAUAAUAUUUGUAAUAAUAAUAGUGAUAGUGAUAAUAUUUGUAAUAAUAAUAGUGAUAGUGAUAAUAAUAUUUGUAAUAAUUAUGUUGAAGAAAAAGAAAAACUAAAAGAUAACACAUUUAUUGAUAUAAAUAAUAUAUAUUUUUAUUUUAAAAAAGUAAACAUAACUAAUAUUAAUAAAGAUAAUAUAAAUGAUGAUAUAUAUAAAGAAUUAUUACAACUAAAAAAAAUAUCCUUACAAAAUGAAGACACUAUAGGAUAUAAUAUAUAUAAAUAUUUUUUGAAUAUUAUUACAAAUGUAGAUAGAGAAAAAUAUAUGGAUGAUUUUUUUCUAGUUAAAUUUAUUAAUAAUAUAUGGAUCAAUAAAAAUAUACACAAAUAUUUCUAUUUCUUAAAUUCUUUAUAUGAUCGUAUGAAAAAAAUUUCAUAUAAAUUAUUUUCUUUAAAUUAUAAUAUUGAUAUUAUUGGUCAUCACGAAGAAAAAAAAAAAAUGAUAUAUUUUCAAAGACAUGAAUUAUUUGAUAAAAUUAUAAAAAAAACGAAAUAUAUACCCAACUAUAUUUUAAAACAUAACUAUAUAUAUUCUAAUAAUAUUUUUAAUCUUUAUAAAUAUGAUAUAAAUACAAAUUCAUAUAUAAAUAAUUUUCAUAACACAUAUAAAGAAGUAUCUGUUGACGACUUUUUAGAUAACGAAAGAAAGAAAAAUCUAAAUAUCUUCUACAACCAAGAAAAGUUUCAACCCUUCUAUGAAUAUGCUCAACGUUAUGAUAAAAAUAAUCAAAUGAAACAUGUAAUGACUGUUGUUUAUGGAAAUCAAAGAAAACAAAAGGAUUCGAAUGAACUCCAAAACAAUAAUGAUGAUAUAAAAAAUGUUGUAAAUAAUAAUAAUGAAAAAACAUCUAUACAGCAAGGAAUAAAAAAUGAUCAAGCGGAUAAAAAAAAAAACCUAAACAAAAAUACAAACACUAAUAGUAAUAAUAAUGAUAAUAAUGAUAUUAAUAGUAAUAAUAAUGAUAUUAAUAGUAAUAAUAGUAAUAGUCAUAGUAAUAAUCCAAAUGAACCACCUUGGCUAUCUGCAAUAAGAAAGAACCAAGAUUUAAAAUACGAAAUCUUAAAUAAAAUAUGCGAAAAAAUGCAUGCAGAAUUUCGUGAAAUGAAUGUCUUAACCGAAGAUAAUAAAAUCGAUUUAAACAGAAUCGAUGAUAUUAAAAAUGAUAAAGAUAAUUUGUUAUAUAAAAAAGUUUAUGCUAUGCGUGAUUAUUUUUAUAAAAUUUUUUAUGAUAAUUAUAAUCCUAAUUUAGAUAUAUAUGAGCUAGAAACUUAUGUAGAUGCGGAAUACAGAACCUUUUCUUAUAAAAAGGAUCUAGAUGUUCUAUUUAAAAAUUGGGUUCUAAAUGAAAAUAAACAAUUACCAGUUGUACAUUUUGCUAAGAAGGAUGUUGAGCUAGCCAAAAUAAGAUACAUGUCAAAAACAAAGAGAAAAGAAUUAGAGUUUAAUGAGAGAUUUGCAGAGCGACAUGGUAAAGGAAAGAUUCCAUUUAAACGAAAUUUUGAUGAUAACAAAGAAUAUGACGAAAAAAAAGAUGAAGAAAAAAAAGAUGAAGAAAAAAAAGAUGACAAAAAAAACGAUGACCAAAAAAACGAUGACAAAAAAAACGAUGACAAAAAAAACGAUGACGAAAAAAACGAUGACGAAAAAAACGAUGACGAAAAAAACGAUGACAAAAAAAACGAUGACAAAAAAAACGAUGACCAAAAAAACGAUGACGAAAAAAACGAUGACCAAAAAAACGAUGACAAAAAAAACGAUGACGAAAAAAACGAUGACCAAAAAACAAAGGGUGAUAAUAAUAAUAAUAGUGGAGGGAGCGAUUCCUCUUCGAAUACUAUUACAAAAUCUCAAGAAGACGAUAAAACAAAGAGUAAAAAGAAAGUUAUCAUAAAAUCAAUAAAUUGCCUAAUAAAGUGGAAUAUAACUAGCGAAAAUGAAUACAAGAAAAAUAAUGAUGAAAAUAUUUUGAAAGAUGAUGACAUAAAUAUUGGAGAUAAUGACGAUGACGACGACGACGACGAUAAUGAUGACAAUAUUGAUUUUAAUGAUAUAGAUAUUCCUAAUAAUGAUUUAGAUUCUUAUGGAUUUUGUGAUGAAAAUAUAGAUGUAUAUGAAGAUGAGGAUCCAACGUUUGAAGAUAUACACUAUGCUAAACUUGUUAUUUAUGAUGAUAAUUAUGAUAAACAAGAAUUUAUAGAAACAUUAAUGAAAUAUAUAACAACAUGUGAUUAUAAAAGAGCAUACUCAAUAUAUAACUCAUUAAAAUUUAAAGGAAAAGUAGAUAAUCUAUAUUUCAAAAAUUUUGAAAGAGCCGAAAAUAUAGCAUUUCUUCUACGACAAUCAAAACAAAAAAUCUUGGUGGAAGCAGAGUUUUUAUAA